UGCACAAAAUCACUUCUCCACAGAUCCCAAGCACAGUCCAAUUUUUUGGAGUGUCCACUAACAACAGGAUCACUUGGCAGUCUCCUCUCUAACUACCGGUGAACAACAAUAAAAUUGAGCGGACGACAGAGUGCUUUCUCCUGGAAGCUAUAUAAAACAAACAGCAGGAAAUUGUAACACGAAAAUGCUAAACUAUCGCCCGACAAAUCUCUCUAUACUCUGUUCCUGCUAAGAUAUUGAAAAGUCAUUGAGAAAUCACUCUAACCAAAAUAUCCACAAAAAUUCUUGUUCCAUGACUAAUUAUGUCACCGAGCAGAUCAGGAUCGGUCCAAUGGCAAUGAAACUUUGAUCCUCAAAGCAGCAUCCGUUUGCCCUAUUGCGUUCGGCGUUUCUCUCGAUGAAUAUGCUGCGAUCCCGUUAUCGUUUCGUCCCAGUGGGUCAGCAGCACCUUGCCGCACAUUACCGAGCAUUGGUUCGUAUCAGUUUGGUUCGACUUAUGGCCACUGGGCAGGUCUCGUGUAUUAAAGUUGGAGGGGUCUAGCGCAUGGGCCCUCCUCGUCUCUUCUGGGACUCUGAAAGUGCCUCGUGUGCUUUUCUCCGUUGGACAUCACGCAAUAUUAGUUCCCGCGAGCACGACUAAGCUAUCGCACGUAUUCUACACUCACUGCAGGAUACAUCCUCCAGUUCUAUCUCUGCAGUCGCUGUCCGAUCGGCCGACCGAUACACAACGAACUUGAUCUUUGAUAACGCGUCGCUCAAUCCUUGGGCUGGAUCCGUUUUCGAGGGUAUUUUGUGAUCGAAUAAACUAACCUGGAUUAAGUCAUGAAGAUUGCUACAACCUUAUUUCUCUUCGUAGUCGUCGGCUGCACGUGGCGGGAGACUGUAGGCACUUGUGUGCUGGAAUCGGACUUUGGUUUCAAGCUUAACUGCGCCUUCAAAAAAUCCGGCCUCUUCCGGGUUCGAAACCUCGGAGGUGUCAAAGGUUAUGUUGGUCUCGGAUUCUCCGUCGGUGACGAACUUGGAUUCACGGAAUCGCUGUCCAAUCUCGAAAGCAGCAAGAGAAGAAGCGUUCAAGCAGGCAGAGGAAAUGCAAUACCAGUUGGUUCUGGAAAUGUGGCCAAUCGUCGUCAGGUUUCCCAAAAUACGCGAACGGUUCCUCCGUUCAAGCCACUGCCACCUGGAGCAGCACGUCCAAUGGCUCAACAGCCUGAACGCCAGAGACUAGUGGUACAGCAGAAUUCCACUGCGUUGAGAAUGGUACCGGCGCCAUCUUUCGCAGUGAUGCAGGAAGAGGCGAUGCGUCAGCAACAGCGGAUGCAGCAGGAGGAAAAGAACAGGCAACAGCAAAGAAUGCAGCAGGAAGCACUGGCGCUGCAGGUUCUUAAGCAGCAACAGGCACAGCAGCAGGAAGCAAUGAGGCAGCAACAGAUGCAAAAAUUGACUCAGCAACAGAAUGUUCAGGAUCAACUCGUUGCUAUGCAAACUAGGCGGAUUCAGUUGGCACAGAGUAUGGCGACUGCAGGUGCUGCAGGGACCCCUCUAAGAAUGCCACAUAUCGUAACAGCAAUUCCACCUGCAGGAAGUGUCCUCAACCCAGAUAUUGCUCAAUCAUUACCAAAGCCUAUGGUUGGUGUUAUUGCACCAGGAAGUGGUUUACCUCCAUUCAUUGCAAUGCCAAAGUCAUCGGCUCAGCUUACCGAUAGAAUUAGCAACAGUCCAGUGUUGCUGGAAGAAUCCGUCAAUGAAGUUGAAAAGAAUGAAUUUAGUCAGUUGCCGAUUCCUGAUGACGAAGCAAUCUCAGCAGUAAAUCAACUGACUCUUCGCUCGAUACAGCCGGCCGCAGCUGCACAGGCACUGCAAUCAGUUCAGCAACAACAAAACGAAAAGCAACAAAGUUCAAACCAAGCGUCGUUAUCCCUUGCAUCGAUACAAAGUAUGGAACCGUCGCUAAAGGCUCUUGCCGAAGCCAGCAAUAUUACUCUGGAAGCAUUGGAAACAGCAAUUUUAUUGAGACAGCAACAAUUAAUGCAAAAGCAUCAGGAACGAACAACCACGUCUACUACUACAUCCACGACGACGCAAUCUCCUGUAAAAAAUAGGUACAACUAUGCUGCACCCACGAAAGUCAUGAAUGCUCCACGAGAAUAUUAUCCCAUGGGGUAUGACAAGAAUUUUGAUGACAAUUUUGCCAGCCGUGUGGAUUUACCAGACACGAGCUUCUAUUGUGGCGACCAAAAACAUUUCCCAGGACUUUACGCCGACGAAGAUCUUGGUUGUAUGGUAUUCCACGUUUGCGCUUUGACAGAUGAUGGACUGAUAAUGAAGAGCUUUUUGUGUCCUGAGUCAACUCUCUUUGAUCAAACUAUUCUUAAGUGCAAUUGGUGGUUCUACGUAGACUGCAAAGCUUCGAAAAAUCUGUACGACAGCAACAUUCCUAUCAGUAAAAGUUAUCAGCUGAUGAAAGCCCUGGCUUUUUUCUCAGGCUAUAAGAGUCAUGAUAACAGUACGGAAUCUGCAGUCGACAAUGAAGGAUCCUGAAUGUCCUAAGCUUAUCUUAAGGAAGUAGCGUAAUGGCAUUUUAGGACGAAAGUGUUGAGCUGUAUUUAAACUCUGAUGAAGGAAAGUGUUACGUGGGAAUUGGCUGUUUUUAUCUCUAUUUUUUUUUCUUUUUAACGCCGAGCAUAGAAACGUUGAUUUUCUAUGAAAUUCGACGCCUUCUUUUAUCGUCUUUUCAGCAUAACAGGUCAACAUUUUCUAUCUGUUCGUCUGGGUUUAAAACGUAAUGCUUAAUAGAUCUUGAACUACGUUCCAGUGGGAAUAACGACUACAUGUAUGUAGUAUUUGGUGGAUGAUUUUCGGUGUGUGUACGUAAUAGUAGAGUCAACUUGGCGUUCGACUUAAUCAAAAUAACUUCCUAAGCCGUCGUUUCAAGAGAAACGGACGAUACGUAGAUUUCCUUGUAUUAACAUGGCAUUUCAAAAGUAAUUGUUACUCUUUAAGACACGCUCAGGCCCUUGCCUUUAUUUAUAAGAGUGUAUAUAUAUAAAUAAUUUAUUUAACUAUUAAGUAACUUUGUAUACCUUGCUCCAAAAAGAACUUUGUAAAUAGCUGACAUGGCUGUCAUUAAAAAGCAAAAACGGA